CAGCCAGCCAUGACCUUCGGGCGCGGCGGGGCGGCCUCGGUGGUGCUGAACGUGGGCGGCGCCCGGUACUCGCUGUCCCGGGAGCUGCUCAAGGACUUCCCGCUGCGUCGUGUGAGCCGGCUGCACGGCUGCCGCUCGGAGCGCGACGUGCUCGAAGUGUGCGACGACUACGACCGGGAGCGCAACGAGUACUUCUUCGACCGGCACUCGGAGGCCUUCGGCUUCAUCCUGCUGUACGUGCGCGGCCACGGGAAGCUGCGCUUCGCGCCGCGGAUGUGCGAGCUCUCCUUUUACAACGAGAUGAUCUACUGGGGCCUGGAGGGCGCGCACCUGGAGUACUGCUGCCAGCGCCGCCUAGACGACCGCAUGUCCGACACCCACACCUUCCACGCGGCAGACGAGCCGGGCCGCGAGCAGGCUCGCCCGGCCGGGUCAGAGGCUGCUCCCUCCCGGCGCUGGCUGGAGCGCAUGCGGCGCACCUUCGAGGAGCCCACGUCGUCGCUGGCCGCGCAGAUUCUGGCCAGCGUGUCCGUGGUGUUCGUGAUCGUCUCCAUGGUGGUGCUGUGCGCCAGCACGCUGCCCGACUGGCGCGCAGCGGCCGCCGAAAACCGCAGCCUGGAUGACCGGAGCAGGUACUCCGCCGGCCCUGGGAGGGAGCCCUCCGGGAUAAUUGAAGCUAUCUGCAUAGGCUGGUUCACCGCGGAGUGCAUCGUGAGGUUCAUCGUCUCCAAAAACAAGUGUGAGUUUGUCAAGAGACCCCUGAACAUCAUUGACUUGCUGGCAAUCACGCCCUAUUACAUCUCUGUGCUAAUGACAGUGUUUACAGGCGAGAACUCACAGCUCCAGAGGGCUGGAGUCACCUUGAGGGUGCUCCGGAUGAUGCGGAUCUUCUGGGUGAUUAAACUCGCCCGGCACUUCAUUGGUCUGCAGACGCUGGGUUUGACUCUCAAGCGAUGCUACCGAGAGAUGGUUAUGUUACUUGUCUUCAUCUGUGUUGCCAUGGCAAUCUUUAGUGCACUUUCUCAGCUUCUUGAACACGGGUUGGACCUGGAAACAUCCAACAAGGACUUCGCCAGCAUCCCUGCUGCCUGCUGGUGGGUGAUUAUCUCCAUGACUACAGUUGGCUAUGGAGAUAUGUAUCCUAUCACAGUGCCUGGAAGAAUUCUUGGAGGAGUUUGUGUUGUCAGUGGGAUUGUUCUGUUGGCAUUACCUAUCACUUUCAUCUACCAUAGCUUUGUGCAGUGUUAUCACGAGCUCAAGUUUAGAUCGGCUAGGUAUAGUAGGAGCCUCUCGGCUGAGUUCCUGAAUUAAUGUGUUGUGAAUCAGUCCUUGCUCACACUUGAUUUGAUUGAGAGUUGACACGACUUCUUAUUCAUGUGUUUCUCCCUGGGUGAGCCCUGCAGUGGCCUUGUCAUUGUGUUGAUGGGGUGAACGAUAUUCUUUACAGUUGAAGGGAUAAAGCAGUCUACUUAUGGAGUAAACAGGACGGGGACCACUCACACACACCGGUGACACCAAGAGUAAACUUUAGGACCUGGCUUUAUUUGGUCUUGUCUCUGCCUUGGCUCUCUCAGACCCAUUGUUGUGGGAUGUUGUUAAGCCCAUUAUUUGAACACUUGAAAUUAGAAAGACACCAUUCUCCAAAUGCUUUUCCGUCUUAACGAAUUCAGAAGAAGCUUGGAACUUACAGUGUUAUUUUUGAGACUAACAUUUUCACUUCUAAAUGUUUUAUAAUUUCUCAUAUCAAUGUCAGAAGUAUCCUGGAAACAUAUGCCACAUGUGCGAACUGUUUAACAAAUACUUUAAAAAGUUGGCCCAAAUUUAAACUGUAGCACGGAGCUAGAGACAAGCAAAAAUAUUAUUUGGAAAAACUUUGCACACUUCUCUGUGCCCAGCUUAAUUCUUGUGCUUGUCACUUCCCUUAUCUUAAUAACUUCAUGGAACCUGAAGUGUGUUUUCUCUUCCUCGUUAGGCUGCCCACUUUACUGAAGUAACUUCCAAAGAGUAUGUGAGAACGGAGAGAGCUUAUAUUGUUCAGUGUUUUGUUGGGCAAUAUUAGAAUCCAUUGCUGUGACUUAGGCCAUAAGAGUCCUAACAUUCAGAUAGCCAGGAAUUCCUAACAUAAAAUGAUAAUAGAAAUGGUUUGAUAUUCUCAGUGUUAGAGCCCUAGGUCUCCUCUCCAGUUCUUUACUUUCCCUCAGCACCACGGGUUUAAAGGAAGAAAAGAUAUUUAUUUAGCCUUUUGGCACAACAGUCAUACUUAAUGGGUCGUCUAGGUUGUCAUUAAAGGAGAAAUGCUGACUGUCUUAGUUGAGUGUCACUAAGUCAGCUCGAAGCCAGCUCUAGGCAGCGCAGAUGCAAUUAUUUGGCCUGAUUCCCCAUCGUGAAUCACAGUCACCCCAAACCUCUUCUUGUAAGGAUGUCAGACAACAGACCACAUUACCCCAUCUAGACUGCUAUUGUUAGAUGGAGCAAAAGCCAUGGCCGUUCAGUGCUCAAUUUUCAUAACUAUGAAUGAGACUAUUGGAUUUUCAAUAACUCCUAAUAAAGAAAUCAUGUGAACGCACAGAAACAUCAAAGUCACUGAUUCGCCAAUAAUUUAGUUUGCGUACUGUGAUUAUCAGGGGUGAAGGAAUGGGUGGGGACCUGGAUGUGCUUUUCAAUCUAAGAAUUGCCAGAAGUGUCUACUAAAGGAGUAUUAGCCAUGAGUUAACUUUCACUGUUACAGGUAGAAAAACCAAGGCGAGAGAGGAUGUGCUAAUUAAGGAGCUAGGGCUGAAACCUUUGUCUCCUGUGAGCAGACUAGGCAGUUUCUUCUGCAGACCUCUCUAGGCUAGGCAGAAACUGUCAUAGGCCACACUUCUUUCUCCUUGCCACGAUCAGGUAAUAAUAGCAAGACCGUUCCCUUUCCCUAAUUCCCUUUUCUGAAUUCAUGUGAUACUGGCCUUUAAAAAAACCUCACCGCUUCUUCCCUCCACCUUCACUGGUGUGCUAACUUCACACACUAGAUUGUUAUUUGUGUAUUUUUGUUGCAUUUUAACUGAACA